UGGAAGUCUUUGGAACAUUUCAGUAGUUAAAGGUGCUAGAUCAAUGCAAGUUGUUGGUGAAGGGCAAUAUAGAAAAUGCUGGAACAGAAACAAGAAAUGCUGCAAACACUCAGCAGGUCAGGUAGCAUCUGCAGAGAAAGAAAGAAUUUCAGCUCGGUGACCUUUCAUGAGAACAGAAUUGGGUGCAAAUUUGUUAAAUCUUGAGCUUAAAUAACCAAAGUUUUUGAUACUUGUUAAAGAGAAUGUACCCGACGUUGGAGACAUUAGGAAAAAAAUAAUGUUUUUGUAGAGAGACGCCCAUCAUAUUUUCACCUGAGGUAGAGUCGGUUGUGUGGGAGUUGCAGCUGGGGAGUUGGUGUCAUGGCGACGGCAGAGCCGGGACCAGGCGACAAGGAAACGGCCCAGAGCCUGCACAUCCUGCUGACCGCGCUCGCCCGGUUUCAGCAGCAGAUGGUUUUUGAGACCAACGCCAGGUGAGGACAAGUUGGCAGACAGCUGGAGGCAGCAGGUGCUAACCAGUGAGAGGCAGGAGUGUCAGCAUUCCCUAACUUCAAUGGAGGGAAUGCUGCUGGCCAUUAUUUAGCUAGCUGCCUGUGAUUGAGACUGUGGCCUGCAGCACGGAUGAAAUCAUUGAAGUUAAUGCUUAAUGUUGGAGAUGAUGUUCUAAACAUUACUACUGACCUAUGCAAACUUCAGAGUCUGCCAGCACAUCUUAAUCCAGCAAAUCUUAGUAGCUUGCUCCAACGGCAUAUUCUUGAUUUGCAGUGUGUUUCAGACAAGUUAAAAUUAUUGAUGAGAAAUGACUUAUCUGGGACCAGAAACACAGGAGAGACGAUGCUGCCUUCAAAACCUGACAAUUAUUCAAAUUCAACAAUGACUGAUGAUCAUAAGCAAAUUUCAAAUAAACCAAUUAAUCUAAAAACAAAAGUAUUCCUAAAUGAUGCACAAAACAAGCCUGAAGGACAAGAUGAACCAAAUAUCCAAACUGAAACAGAAUUGGUUCAGAUAAAGGCAAACAGAGAUGAAAUUGAAAGAAGAAUUUUAGCAUUCAUGGAGAGAAAACAGGCAGAGAUCAAUGAAAACAACAUCCGUGAAUUUUGCAACGUUAUUAAUUGUAAUCAAGAAAACAGCUGUGCUAGAACAGAUGCAGUCUUCACGCCACACCCAGGCUUCAAAAGUCAUAUAAAAGUUUCAAGAGUUGUGAAUACCUAUGGGCCUCAGACAAGGACUGAAGGUGCAGGGGCAUCUCUGCAGAAACCUGAAACUAUGACACAAAAUUGUGGUAACCCUGCUAUUGAAGAGAGGCUUCAAAAUAUGGAAAGCCACUUGAAAUUUCCAACAGGUGGUCCAGUUCCAGUUGACAUUUAUCGAAGGAUCAAGAGGCUAGAGGAUAGAAUUCUACAUUUGGAAGGUCUUUCUCCAGAAUAUUUUCAACCUGUGAACUUUCCAAGCAAAAGACGUAAAGUUCAUGAAACAAUGCAGGGCUAUAGUCUGAUAGAAAUUGAUGAGAAGAUUAGUGCCCUGAAGGCAGUGCUGCUGCAGAAAGCAAAUGACCAGACUACGCCAAUAGAAGCUGACAAGAUGUCUAUAAAAUGAAAACCUGCUGGACUGGUGUCAGUAACAUGGUCUCUGAACCAGGCAUUCAGAUAUUGCUUUCUGAAGUGCAUAAUCUGGAUUGAAACUGUCAAUUUGGCCAUUAUGAAUUUGUUUCCUAAUUCUGUCAGAUAAAUGACAAAUUUUAUUUUAAAUAAAGCAUCCCAAAGAAUAAACAGAAUCUUUGCUGUGAUCCAUAUUAAAUGCAUUUUUGAACAAAAUAUUGGUAUUUGGCACUAGAUUGCUUUAAUGUUGAAAACAUCAAAUGCUGACCAUACAGAUGUCUUGAGUACACCAUGUUUUAGGUGUUCAAUGUUCAUAUAACUAUUGUGUGUUAAUUACAUAUGUGCAACAUUGGACAAUAAAAGUUCUGAUACUACCACGAAAA